AAAAAAAAAAAGGCAGGGCUCGGCGACCCCGCUCUGCUCCCCUCGCCCGGCCCCGGGAUGACGCGGCGGCGCCCCGGAGGUGGCGGCGGCGGCGGCGGGAGGUGGGUGCCGGUAGCCCUGGUAGCUCUUCUGGCCCUGCGAGGUCUGGUGUGUCCUCUGGAGGUGUCAGUCAGUUCAGGGAGUAUCCAGGUUGCCCGAGGCCAGACAGCAGUAUUGCCCUGCACCUUCACGACUAACGCUGCUCUCACUAACCUUAAUGUCAUCUGGAUGGUCAUUCCUCUUUCUAAUGCCAACCAGCCUCAACAGGUUAUUCUCUACCAAGGGGGUCAGAUCUUUGGUGGUGCACCCCAGUUCUAUGGGCGAGUAGGAUUUGCUGUGACAAUGCCAACCACCAGUGCCUCCAUCUUCAUCAACAACACUCAGCUAUCGGAUACUGGCACAUACCAGUGUUUGGUCAACAAUCUUCCCGACCGAGGCGUCAGGAAUAUUGGAGUCAUUGGACUUACUGUCUUGGUUCCUCCUUCUGCCCCGCUUUGCAGAAUCCAGGGUUCCCUGGACGUGGGCAGCGAUAUCACACUGACCUGCAGCUCGGAAGAAGGCAUCCCCCGGCCAACAUACCUCUGGGAGAAACUGGACAAUGUUCCCAAGUUGCCCCCAACUGCCACACAAGACCAAGUCCAGGGCACUGUCACCCUCCGAAAUAUCAGCACUGUGUCCUCAGGUCUUUACCAAUGUGUGGCUUCAAAUGCCAUUGGAACCAGCACUUGCCUUCUGGACCUGCAAGUCAUUGCACCCCACCCUCGGAGUAUCGGCCUGAUCGCAGGAGCGGUGGCCACAGGCGCCGUUGUGCUCGUCGUUUGCAUUGUGUUGGUGGCCGUGGCACUGUUUUACUGGAAAAAUAAACACAAAGAAGAAGAAGAGGAGGAGAUUCCCAAUGAGAUAAGGGAGGAUGACCUGCCACCCAAAUGCUCCUCCGCCGCCAAGACAUUCCACGCCGACGCGUCCUCGUCGGAGAACGACACGCUGACCUCCUCCAACACCUACAACAGCCGCUACUGGAAUGACCCCAAAGCCAACCACGCCACAGACUCCUUCACCCGCUUCAGCAACAGCAACGAUGCCCACCAGCCCCCCUUCUCCCGCUCGGGGAGCACGAGCACUCGCCCCGUCUACGCCAACGGUGGCCACCCGUCCCCGGCUCCCCCUAAGACGCUGGUGGUGACGGCCAGCACGGCGCCGUCCCCUCAGGAGGUGAUCCGGAGCAACGGCUCGGUCAGCAGAAAGCCGCGGCUGCCGCACACCCGCUCCUACGCCGUCAGCCAGGCCACGCUGGAGAGGAUUGGGGCUGUCCCCGUCAUGGUGCCCGCCCAGAGUCGGGCCGGUUCCCUCGUGUAGGGCCACGCCAGAGGCCAAGAGCCGAGCAACGGGCCUCUUGUACCCGGUGGGGCGAAGAGACCCUACUCCUUCCUGAGAAGCGGCAAGGCGGCAGGGGGGGACACACACUCGCCUCUCCCCCCUGCCCUCCCCUUCUGAGGCCGCUGACGGCCGGUGGGACAGCAUCGGCCAUGCCGUAUCCCCCCCCACUCCCCGCCCCGGCUGUUGGGGCUCCUCGCGCCGGUGGGCGCCGCAGAUGUGCCAAGGCUUGGGGGAGCGGGGCCGUCGGGACGCGCUCCCCGGCUGCUGGGCCCCGGCCGGGACGUGCGCCCAGCCUUGACCUUGGGGGGGAACUUUUGCUUUUGUUUCCUGUCGGUUUUGUUGGGGGUCGAUUCCGUCCAUUUGGGUCUUUCAGGGAGGUUUGGGGAGAUAUAUAUAUAUAUUAUUUUUUUUUUUUUUUUCCCUUGUUGUUGCUGUUUUAUUUCCAAGAGGACGACAGCCUGCGUCGGGGCAGGGAGGGCUGAGCCGGGAGGGGUGCUGAGGCAGGGUAUGCCUCAACAUGGCGGCCCCAGCCCCCUCCCCACGGCCCUGGCCCCACUGCCAGACGGAGGAGGGCAGUGUGCCAGGGCCAGGCGUGAGGAGGCAUGGGCCAGGCUGGAGGGGCGAGAUGAAGGCACAGCCACCAGCCCGGCCAAGGGGAUGGCUGGGGCGAGGGCAUGGACCGAGGAGCGUUUGUCGUUAUUUUUUGCAGUUCUUUCCCCCACCCCAACACGCACGCAGACACACACACACACACAGACAGGUCUUCCUCAGACUGGGUGUUUUUCCCCGCACUAGCUCGGGGUGCCAGCAGAGCCCUGUUCGUGGCUGUGGAGGACGCAGCCAUCCAUUGCCCGAGACACUGUGCAGGGUGAGGGUGUAGGGCUUUUUGGGGUGUUGCUGGGUUUAUUCAGGAGGCAGAGGGGAACACGGUGGUGUGGCAGAGCAGCAGGCAGGUCCGGAGGAGUCUGCUGCCCCUGGGCUGCUCUGCUUCAGGGCAAGUGGCUUCAAACCCUACAGCUUUGGUGUUUGCACGGUGGGUUUUCCUUAACAGGCUAUCCAGGGCUGGCCAGCAUGGCAGGGCACGUGUUGGGCUUGGGGACCUUACAUAGAGGCAUCAGUUUUCAUUCCCACUCUCCCACGCACACAGACUUCCCAGAGACUGAGGUUGGCAGGAUUUGUUUCCAAAUCCCUUUCCUUAGAAAGAGUGAAAGUAGGGGCUUAAUGGAGGGGGUAACCCUGUGGAAGCCCACGUGUUAUCUCCCUGCCUCCCCUACUUCCCUCAAUGUCCCAGGGCUGGGUACUGGUGGCAUCUGCCGGUGGCUCUGCCAUCUCCUUGCAGCCAGGGAGGUGGUUGUGGCUGGCACCUAUCCUUUUUCUAUUGCAACUAAAUAGCCUUAAUCAAAGCCAAGAGUUGAAACCGCUGAAGGAACCUGGUGCCAUUUGGAGGGCUGGACUGAAGGGUUGGGUCUUACCCUCCUAGAGAGCACUGGCUCAAAGGGGCUAUGCCUGGAUGGGUGUCUUGGCCCUCCUGCAUAACACCAACCCUUGCACACGCAAAGGCAGUGGUCACCUCCAAAAAAGCACCAGAGCCCUCCCAGGUCUGCUCUUGGAAAAGCAAUGUGGGGAGUCACAGGUGACUUUCCGUAGGUCUCAUGUUGGAAAAAGGGUCUGUUUAAGCCAACAGACUCUUCCUCAUCCCCACUUUCCUUGUCCCUGCACGGCUUCACUUUCCCUAGCAGUGCACAAACCUUGUGCAGGGCCUUCUGCCUGAGCGGUACCUUUCAAAUGCAAGCACAGACUCUGAGGAAGAGGGGGGAGAGGUGAGGGCUGGGUUCCCACAUGGACACACUGGCUUUUGGGGAGGUUGGGGGCUCCUAGGCAGCACUAGGUUUGAAGGUUGGCUGAGAUUUUGUGCCUUCUUUGCUUAAAACAGAAAAGAAAAGAAAAAGGAGAAAAAAAAAAUCCAAUCUCCCUUCCUUCCCCCUCUACACAACUCCAUGCAGAAUGGGUGUAAACCCCCCCAGCAGUGCAGGCAGGCAGUUGCUCUGUGUGUGUACGCACAUUUCACCGGAGCAGUCCUCUUUCCUGCCUGUCUGCUCGCUUUGCUGCUGGGUGGUAGGAUUGACGGGGGAAGAAGAGUAGCUUUAGAAACACUAAUGUGGGAGGAAAAAAAAAAAAAAACCCCGAACCUACAAUCAAAGAAAAGCCCAGACACAUUCUCUCUGCUUUUGUAUAACCCCUGUGUGACAUUUAGGGGAACACUGCCCUCAGCAGCCCCCCUCCUCUACUGGGAGAGCUCUUCUGGUUCCUACACUCCAUGAGACUGUUUGCUCCUCUUUCUUUGUUCUUUCUAAUUGUCUAAAAUUCAAUAAAACUUUAUUCAUAUAAAAAAAGGA